AUGAGUGAUCAACAAAGAGAGCUUACAAUUCUGUUAAAAACAUGGUCCCUAGUAGACAUUUUAUGCCCGCUUUGUACAGCAACCCAAGUUUUUUCUUCUUCUGUAACAAUUUUCAGUUUGACUGCAAUUGCUGGUAUUCAAUAUCGUGCGAUUAUGAAACCUCUUAGUGUCAAAUUAGGAAAACGCACAAUGAGAUUUUUAAUUAUUACAAUUUGGCUUAUCUCUAUCAUAAUUGCAAGUCCAGUCGGAAUAGCAAGACGUGUGAUUGUCUUACACAAUGCACAAAAUCGUAAUGAAACAAACGAUAGACAUGUGUGUAUGAAUAUUAACAUAUCUGAUAAUUUGAUGUUAAUAUACUCUGUAUUUAUAACAUUUACACAAUGUAUUAUACCAUUGAUAACGAUGUAUACUAUAUAUAUAAGAAUCGGAUUGAAACUUUGGUAUGCCACACCACCUGGGAAUCCAGAGUGUUCACGUGAUCAAAAUUUACACCAUAAUAAAAUUAAGACAAUUAAGAUGAUAAUUACAAUUGUGAACGUAUUUGGAAUAACCUGGUUCCCAUUACAACUAUACAACAUUCAAAAUAUACCUAGUGAUAUUGAUUAUUAUAUUAAUAAUAUAUCGUUAUGGCUCACUAUGAAACACGGUUCCAGGUACAAACACAUUCGUCUCGUAUGGUUUUUCUGCGACUACUGGAUUGCUAUGACCAACUGCUGUUCGAAUCCCUUUAUUUACGCGCAUAUAACGUAAGUGAUAUGUGAUCGAUGUAUCGUCUUUUGUUUUUCCAAUAUUUCUGUUGCGCAGCUAGUCGAUUGCAGCUACGAGAGGCAGACGCAAGAAAUAACAAAUAUUAACCAACACAUAUGAACGUUUUUAU